AAAAUACUUUCAUCGAUAAAUAUCCAAUCUAUAUCCAUCAAUCCAUUAACGUCAGCAUUGACUAGACUAUUACAUCCACCAUUAUCAUUGGAUGAAAUUAGUCAACCUUUUCCUAACUCCCCAUUAAAAAAAAAAAAUUAAUAAAUCAAAUCGUAUUCCCUCCUCAAAUUUCACACUCAAUUCUCGUAUUUAUUCUCAACGGUUCAACGCUCCCUCUCUUUUCAAUUAAUCUUCAUCUUCUUCACAUUGAAUCAAUCGAAACAGGGUUGGAGAGAGAAAAUCAAACAAUGUCAAAAUCAUCCGAAGUAUUCAUCGGAUCAAUUGAUCAAGGAACAACAAGCACUCGAUUCAUUAUCUACGAUGGAUCUGCAACAGCAAUUGGAUCUCAUCAGAUUGAAUUCACCCAGUUUUACCCAGUUGCAGGGUGGGUGGAACAUGAUCCAAUGGAGAUAUUGGAAAGCGUGAGGAUUUGUAUUGCGAAAGCGUUGGAUAAGGCAACUGCUGAAGGACAUAAUGUUGAUAGUGGAUUGAAAGCUAUUGGGAUCACCAAUCAAAGGGAGACAACUGUUGUUUGGAGCAAAUCAACUGGGCUUCCUCUUUAUAAGGCCAUUGUUUGGAUGGAUGUUCGUACUAGUUCCAUUUGCAGGAGACUGGAGCAGAAUUUGUCAGGUGGGCCCAACCAUUUUGAACCAUCAUGUGGUUUGCCUAUUAGUACUUAUUUCAGUGCGACAAAGCUAUUAUGGUUGCUAGAGAAUGUGGAAGCGGUUAGAGAUGCCGUGAAAAGCAGUGAUGCUCUUUUUGGAACAGUGGACUCUUGGUUGAUUUGGAAUUUAACUGGAGGGGUGAAGAAUGGAGUGCAUGUGACUGAUGUAUCAAAUGCAUCACGAACUAUGCUGAUGAAUCUGAAGACUCUAAACUGGGAUGAGGAGACAUUGAAGGCCCUUGAAAUCCCCCUUGAAAUUUUGCCAAAAAUUGUUAGUAAUUCUGAGAUAAUUGGAAAGAUUGAGACUGGCUGGCCUAUCCCAGGUGUCCCUAUUGCGGGAUGUUUGGGUGACCAGCAUGCUGCAAUGCUAGGGCAGGCUUGUGGAAGAGGGGAGGCAAAAAGCACUUAUGGAACUGGUGCUUUUAUACUUCUCAACACUGGUGCAGAGAUUGUUCAUUCAGAGCAUGGUCUAUUAACCACAAUGGCUUUCAAACUUGGGCCUUCAGCACCAACCAACUAUGCUUUAGAAGGCUCUAUUGCUAUUGCAGGAGCUGCUGUUCAGUGGCUUAGAGAUGGUCUCGGUAUAAUAAACAAUUCAAGUGAGAUUGAAGAGUUGGCCUCCAAAGUUGAUUCAACAGGUGGUGUAUAUUUUGUCCCAGCAUUCAAUGGACUGUUUGCUCCAUGGUGGCGUGAUGAUGCACGUGGUGUAUGUGUUGGAAUGACAAGAUUUACUAAUAAGUCACACAUUUGCCGGGCUGUGCUUGAGAGUAUGUGUUUUCAGGUCAAGGAUGUUUUGGAUUCCAUGCAUAAGGAUGCAGGGGAAAAAGGCGAGGUCAAGAAUGAGAAGGGUGAAUUUUUGCUAAGAGUGGAUGGGGGUGCUACUGUGAACAACCUUUUGAUGCAACUUCAGGCUGAUCUACUAGGUAGCCCAGUGCUACGACCAGAAAAUAUUGAGACAACAGCCCUUGGAGCAGCCUAUGCAGCCGGAUUAGCUGUUGGUGUUUGGAAACAAGAUCAAAUCUUUUUGACUGAAGACAAAGCUAAGACAGCACGCAUCUUCCGUCCAACAUUGGAUGAGGGCUUAAGGAGGAAGAAGGCGGAUUCCUGGUGCAAAGCCGUGGAAAGGACUUUUGACCUGGCCGAUCUUUCUCUGUGAUCUGCGGUUUGUCCUUCACUUACAGCGCUUAUCAUCCAGUGGUUAUAAAUCCUUACAUUCUUCUAUAAUAUAUGCAUUAGUUAGUUUCAAAUAUUUUAUACAAAAAUUAAAUAAUUUAUUAGUAGAUUUUACUUCAUACUUAUUCCAUACAUGAUUCCUCAACCAAACUAAAAUUAAUCUGUAUAGUUGGUAACAUUCUUUCUCACAUUUACAGAAUGCAAUCUGGAUGUUAGUAUUCGUAAUUUAUAGAUUUUAACAGUACAAUUCUUGAUAUAAGUUUCUCAUUCUGAAUUGUAUAGAUAGUAGCUGAGCACGACUAGUUCUUUUGUCAUAUAUUAUUCUCAGCAGUGGCCAAACUAGCGGUCUUGGUCUAGUGCUAGGAGCUCUAAUGCUUUCAGAACUUAAUUACCCGACAUUACUGUGAAAUUCAUUAGAGAAUACCUUUAUAUCUGCAUACUGGGCAUCAAAAAA